AUGGCGACGUGCCCGAACGCGUGCUCGAGAGACACCCCCAAGCUCGCCCGCGACGAGUGCGAGCGCGAGCUCACGCAGAGACCGCUGUGGAGAAUUCUUGAGCGCGACGACGAGUCUUUGGCCAUCGUCCGGGCGUUCACGUCGAAGAAUUGGUCGUGCGCGCUGGCAUUCCUGAAUGCGGUAAGCGUCAUCGCCGAGCGGGAGGGGCACCAUCCCGACGUGAAGAUCAAGAAUUAUCGCGACGUCGUGGUGGAAUUGAGCACGCACGCAAUCGGGGGGGUGAGCGCGAUCGACUUCAGGCUAGCAAAGAUGAUCGACGACGAGUGCGAGGCGACGUAUUCACCGAAGUGGGCGCGUGACAACGGUUUGGGCGAAUAG